GUUAAAGUGACAAUGAAGGGUGUAAAUCUCUUGAUUGGUGUAUUGUGCUUUUAUUUAAACAUUUCAAAUGGAAAUUUCCAAGACUCAAGUUCAAUUGCUGUUGCCAACGAAAUGUGUAAAAGAUACACCGAAGAUGCCAAAAAUAAUCAUAUUUGUCCUCUCCCGCGAGAGACCAGCCUAAUUGGAGGAAUGUUAGCAGAAAACGGAGAAUUUCCUCAUAUGGUGCAAAUCGCUUAUAGCAAAAGUAAUACAACUAAGUAUCUUUGCAGUGGAUUCAUUAUUAGUAAAAAUUACAUUCUUACCGCAGCUCACUGUGUUAAUGAUGAAGGGAGAAAUAAGCCGCAAUUUGUAAGAGCUGGAGUGACAGAUGUAAACGAUGUGUCAAACGAGCAGGUACGAUCUAUCGACUCGAUUAUAAUUCAUCCUGAAUUCAAACGUCCAGCGAUAUACAAUGAUAUAGCGCUUAUUAAGGUCACAGAAGAUUUUAACUUUAAUAAGUUUGUAAAUCCAAUAUGUUUAUACACCAGCGAUGAGGAUCCAGAUGGAUACGGUGUUCACCCAGGAUGGGGUCCAACUGGGGAUGACUUUGGAAACCAAGAGAAACAAACGCACAUGAUAAAACUUUCCCUAAACUUUGAUAGUAAUGAAAGUUGUAAUAACACGUUCUUUCCUUUAGCAAAAAGUGUAUUACCAGAGGGUAUAGUGAAAAAUAAAAUAGUAUGUGCUGGAGGAAAAACAGGCGGAUGCCAGGUUGACUCUGGCAGUCCCCUGCAGAUAUACCGCAAAAAUAGUAAUGAGCAACCAUGCAUGUAUGACGCAGUAGGAGUUUCAUCCUUCGGAUCAAGAAUUUGUGGCAAGAAACAAUUUCCAACGGCUUUUACCAGGAUAUCCAAUUAUAUCAAAUGGAUUCAAGUUAAUGUCUGGCCUUGAGUAAAUACGACAAGCCAUUUCUCUUAGCUUACAAGUAAUAGUAUCAUUUAAGCGGUAGUUAAAUACAAUAAGUGUACAUACAUUUGUUAAUAAUUUUUUCAAAUAAAUUUAAAAUGAAUGU